AGCGCACCGCCGAAAACCCAACCGCCGUGCGCUGCUCGUGGUGCAGACCGACCGCGCAGCGAUACAUUUUCGACGCAGCCAUGGCCAUGGCACGUGUUGCUUGGACCCUGGCGGUGGCUCAUGCUGCUUGCUUGGACUCCCAAGCCUGUGUGGAGGAGGAGGAAGCGAUGGAGUUGGCCCAGCUGCGAACGCAGCUCCUGCAGGUGAAGAUGGAACUUUCAUCCUCCAGCGAGGAAGCCGAAGGCGUUUACGGGAAGCUUUUGGUGGACUCACCCAGCUGGUGUGGACACAUCCCGUGGAUCGUCCAGUUCGUAGUGCCACCCUGCUGGUUUGGCAAACCGGACCGCAGCGACGAACCCAAAGGCCCUGAUGGCAAGCCAGCUUGGUGUCAGCACGUCUACCAGGGAGCGAAGCCAUAUGUCGAGGAGUGCGCGACCCUGGGCUCUGGCCCACCGCCCGUUUCACCAGCCGCUUCACCGGCCGCUUCACCGGCGGCACCGGCCAAGAAGCCGGCCAGGAAGCCUGACUGGUGCGCGCACCUGCCUGAAGCAUCCAAGAAGUACACCCCAGACUGCAACGAUCAGAUUGAGUCCCUGUGGUUGCGGCAGCGGGAGGCGAAUUGGGCCUGGCGCCCUGAGGCAGCAGUGCUCAUGGAAUUGGACCACACGCAGAACAGCUCGAGCGACGUGGUCUAUGGUAAGUUGAUGACGAGCGCACCUCACUGGUGCGGCUACAUCCCUUGGCUGGUCCAGUUCGUGGUGCCUCCCUGCUGGUUCGGCAAGCCGGAGCCCAGUGAGGGGCCAUUAGGCCCUGAUGGCAAGCCCCACGCUCGGCUCUGCAGGGCCGGCGGGAGUCCUGGCUCCCGGAGCUCUCAGUUGAUCGGGUGAAUCUUGGGGGAAGGCCUGGUGAAUGCUGGUGAUCUUCAAAGUAUUCACGUCUGAUUUUCUUCACUCAAAUAUGAUAUGUAAACCUCAUACUACAGUGACAGAGUGGCACAUGCUGGGUGGUGUGAUUUCCUUCAACCUCUUUCCAUCUUACCAGUACUGGGCGGCUGACAUCACGAGGUGUUACCCUUGAGUGGCUCACGACCAACCAUUUGGAUUGGGAUUCCUACUGGGCCCACACAAGCAACAUCUUGGCGCAAGGGCUAUCACCUGCCAAGCACUGACGUCAUUCUUGGAUGCAAACAUCUCAAGACCAACAUGACCAACGUAACAUAGCACCUCCUCUACCACCAACGAAAAAGGCACAGUUGUCACAGAAAGGGAUCCUUAACUUUUCUCCAUGAGGAUUACUGGGAUCCGUACGUUUCCUUAUGUUUCUCCAUGGGAUCCUUAUGUGACUUUCGGCUUCCCCCCGUGUUAUGGUACAGAGCUCCAACCACUCACCGCACCUAAACACUUCUCGGGUACCCAACGAAACCCUCCGCGCACCGCGAGGAGUGGUGCAAGUGGGUAUCGCAAGCAGCCAUGAACUACGUGGCAGACUGCCGGGGCGGCAUGUACGACCACCGCCAUCCCGGCGACGACCUGGGUGCUGGUCCGCCGCCGACGACACAUGCUGGUGCGCACAGCGGUGCGAAGCCAGACUGGUGCUCCCACGUGGCGAAGGAGAGCUUAAGAUACGUGCCCGACUGCAACAGCCAAGUGGAAAGCCUUUGGUGAGGCUGCAGAACUUGUGAAAACUUGGCCUCGAGGUUUGGAAAAUUGAUGAACAUUGGCUGAAUUGACCAACCCACA